AACAGUAUGAUAUUAUGCUAUUGGUAUAUUUUAUCAUCAGUAGUUUUUUUAUAUUAUUAUUUGGGUAUGUUGGGUAUGUUAUGCACAAUACUACAACCUACUUUUUUAUAUAUAAUAACGUAUAUAUGCAGCAAGAAUGCAGCAUGGAUUAUACAUGUUUUGUACAUGUUUGUAAUACAUAUAUUAAAAAUUCCAAAUGGUCGUUUUCAAAGUUGGCUGGGAAUUACUGAUGAGAAACAUUAUAUUUUAACACUUGUUAUGUGUUGGAUACAUUUAAGAAGUAUCAGUCACAAUAUGGAUAGUAUUAAUGACCAAUUUUCUAGUUCAAACAACUUCAUUCAAAAAUUAGCAUAUUGCUUAUAUCUGCCUACGUUAUUUUUAGGACCACUUAUUUUAUAUCAUGAAUUUGUGGAAUCUAUCAAUCAACCACAUCAGUAUUGGAAUUGUCAAAAGCUUUUAACAUUUAUGUUUAAUUUAGUUAGAUUUAUAUUCUGGUCUAUUUUUACUGAAUUGUUUUUACAUUUUAUUUAUGUAAAUGCUAUAAAGUAUCAAUUGCAGGUUUUACAAAAUUUGAAUUCUUGGGAACUACUUGGUUUAGGAUAUUGCAUGGGACAAUUUUUUUUAAAUAAAUAUGUUGUAAUUUAUGGAACAUGCAGUAAUUUAUGUUAUUUAGAUGAUAUAAAAGCGCCAUCACAACCUAAAUGCAUAGCUAGAAUUCAUUUAUAUUCCGACAUGUGGAAAUAUUUUGAUAGAGGAUUAUACAAAUUUUUAAUAAGAUAUAUCUAUGUUCCUAUACGAAAUUCUAUAUCAAAUAGAAGCUUUGGAAAAUUAUUUGCAUCAUUUUUGUGUUUCACGUUUGUCUUUAUAUGGCAUGGGAUACAAAUGAAUAUCUUUAUUUGGGCAUUGCUCAAUUUUAUAGGAAUAAUAAUUGAAGAUAUAGGAACAUCAAUUGGCAAAAGUAAACAGUAUUGUAAAGUACAGAAUACAUAUUUAUCUUCAAGAAAUGCUAAGAUGCUUCAUUGCAUAUUGGCGAGCCCUCUUUUAGCAAUGUCAGCGAUAUCUAAUUUUUACUUUUUGGGUGGACAAGAAGUUGGAAAUAUCUUUACACAGAAAAUAAUAUACGGAUCUUGGAAAAGUCAAUUUAUUCUACUUUUCCUUCUUUACUGUUGCUGUCAAGUUUCUGUAGAUAUUAAAAGCUGGGAAUUACGUCGUAUGAAAAGAUAA